AUGGUGGGUGAAACUUAUAAGGAAUGGCUCAAUUAUAUAUGCAAAAGAACUGUGGUUAGCACAAAGCCAAUUGAACCGGGAAAAUACAUGACCUUUUCGGUUCUUGAUAGAUGCAUGGAGGAAAACCACAUUAGGAUGGUGAACUAUUACCAAAGUUCAUCAACAUCAAUAGGGGAGGGAGAAUUUGGUAAAAUGACAAAGAAUUUAAAAGAAACAUUGUCAGAGAUGCUAAACUAUUAUCCAAUGGUAACUGGAAGGCUAGUGAGGGAUAGUGAAGAGAAGUGGAAGGUGAAAUGCAAUGAUGCAGGGGUGAGAGUGGUGGAGGCAAAAGCCAAAGGGAGUGUGGAGGAAUGGUUGAAGAAUGUGGAUAGUGAAAAGGAACAGAUGCUUGUGUAUUGGGAGGACAUGUAUCAUAAGCCUUAUUAUUGGUCAACUUUUUAUGUCCAGAUAACUGAAUUUGAAGAAGGAGGAUUAGCAAUUGGCCUAAGUUGUUUUCAUCUUCUAGCAGAUUACACUAGUGCAACCAACUUCUUGAAGGCUUGGUCUGAUAUUUCAUUAGGCAAAAAAAUUACUGUUCUUCCAUUAUUCCACCCUUUACCUUCAACAAGAAAAAGAAUUUCCAAUCACCAUCCCUAUUUUGAAUUAAUCAACCACUAUAAAUCCUCAAUUGAGAGACCCAUUCCAAUAAAAGAACAAAAGAACACUAUUAUAUCACUGGGCUUCUCACACCAAAUGGUUAAUGCUUGCAUUUCUAAGGCCCAAUUUAAUGGUCCAUCAGGCCCAAUAACAAUGACUCCUUUUGAAGCGCUAGCAGGCCUGUUUUGGGCUUCAAUUAGCAACAUCAAGGGAUUACAAAAUGGGCUCAUUGACAUGUCUAUAUGUUUAGAUGCAAGAAAAUUGUUGGGCCUGGACUAUGGAUUCUUUGGAAACUCAAUGAUAUAUAAUAAGGUCCAUGCCAAUGGUAAUUUAGAAGGUAACAAAUUUGUACAAGCUACAAGGUAUAUAGGAGAAGUUGUAGCAAAAAUGGACAAUGAGGGAAUAAUGGACCUAAUUGAGUGGCUUGAAAAAAAUGAGAUGAAUUCACCAAGAAUGAUCAACGGUCCUGAUUUGAUUUGUGUUAGCUUGGAAAAUGUAGAGCCUUAUUUGAGUGUGUUUGAAGAUUGGUUGAAACCACUUAGGGUUUCAUGUUACAUAGAGCCAGUUUUGGGUGAAGGACAGGUUUUGAUCCUCCCAGGAACACCAGAGGAGGGUCCUUUAAGCAGGGUGGUUAUGGUGACACUUAAGGAAGAUGAGGCAAUCAAGCUUUUUGAAGAUGAUCUCAUCUCCCAAUUCUUUCCAACUAUCUUCAUGAAAUGUUAA